AUGGGAGAAUCAAACGAGAAGAAACAUCGAGCCCCUCGAAGUGGCGCAAAAGCCCAGAAAAAAAAUAGGUUGGAAAAUAGGUCGAAGGCACAGAGCUCAAAGGGAUUUGCCGUUCAGCACACUACUAAAGCUGCAAGGAAAGUCCGGAAGACACUAGAUAAGGAGACAAAGAAAUAUCAUCUUCCAACCAUCAGUUCCGCUUGUUCGAGCGAUUCUUCUCCACCUCUGAUUGUUGGCAUUGUUGGUCCACCAAGAUGUGGGAAAUCUACGUUAUUGCGUGGGCUAAUCAGGCACUUUGGUCGUCAGUUGGUCCCAAAUAUCACGGGUCCAAUAACUGUUGUUGUCGGCAAAAAGUUUCGAUUGACUUUAAUUGAAUGUGAUUGCAACAUUAAUAGUAUGAUUGAUGUUGCGAAGAUCGCUGAUUUAGUCUUACUUGUCGUCAAUGUGUCAAAGGGUUUGGAGAUGUAUCAUUUCGAAUUUAUCAAUAUGUUACAAGUUCACGGAAUGCCUCGAGUCAUCCCAGUGCUCACUCAUUUGGACCAGUUCAAAGAGUCGGCUUCUUCAAGAGCCCUUCGGAAGAAAGUUAAACAACGGUUGUGGACGGAUCUGUCUGCGAAGAUUUUCCUCUUAUCACGUUUUGUGCAGAAAAAAUUUCAUCAUCACAAACAGAGCGAGGUGGGUGACAAAAUUAUUGAUGGUGAUUACAUGCCUGCGGAGAUUCAGCGUUUGGCCCGUCUCAUGGUUGUCAAAUCUCCCAGACCGUCCGACUGGCGAACUGGACACCCCUAUAUGCUGGUGGAUCGUUUAGAAGACGUGACUAGCCCUAGAAUUCUUGCAGAGGAUGAAAAAGCUAGCCGUGUGAUUAGUCUCUACGGUUGGGUUAGAGGCGCUCCCAUCGAAACUUCUUUCUCCAACCCUCUUGUCCAUAUUCCCGGUCUUGGUGACUUUCCAAUUUUAGAAUGCACUCGUCAACAGGACCCCUGUCCCACUCCGGCUCAACUUAUGCGAGCCACUCCGUCCACCGAAGGGACUGUCGGAGCUAAAUUGAAGAAGCGUCUUUCUGAAGGUGAACGUAAGCUUUAUGCACCAAUGUCGAGCGUUGGUGGCGUGCUGUUAGAUCGCGAUGCGACAUACAUUGAUUUGGGUGGAAGUCAUCACUUGGGUGGUGGUCGGUUGACAUCCGGCCGUCAGGUGGUGGUAGGAGCGGGCGAAGCGGAGUUGGCUAAAGCUCGCGAUCUUCUUUCGGCCGCCGGUCAUGAUCUAGACGAACGAUUGAAGCACGAUCACCGAGUCCAAAUGCUCACUGAUGCGCCUCUCUUGGAGCCGUCUGCAAACGGCCUUGAUGAUGAUUUUGGCUCCGAUGAGAAUGACGACGACAGCUCCGAAGCAGAUGAUGAUAUUGAAGUUGAAGAAGACGGCGGUGCUGGACUGCGGAUGUUCGAGGAUACAGUUCUACCGGACGUGGAAAAUGAGCCCAUGGAUGUGUAUGGCAAUGACAGCGGGGAGAAGAAUUCGUUGAGGAUCAAAGGGGAUCUUCUGUUCAAUAGUCGGCACCGUGACCUGAAGAACGCUUUCGAUAAUCUGGGUUGGGAAGAAACAGCAACGGGUCGCAAGAACUGGAAGCGCAUAAUUUACAAUGCUGCAGAUGAUGAGACGCCCAAAGGAACAGGCACAUCCGCUCUCACCGGUGAAAUGUUCAUUAUCUCUACUACGGUGGACACCCUAAGCCACGGAACCUAUGCUGACGACGUCACUUUGUCCCAGCAACGCUCCGUUUCCAUCGAUUGGACCGCUUCGACGGCACUUAUUGCGAACUGCUUCACUACAGGCGAGUGGAACUCCUCGGAGGACGCCGAGCAGUUGUUAGCUGCGGACGCUAAAGCGCAGCGAGCGAUGGAAGAGCUAAAAGCGCAGAAGAUGGCCAAAGCAGUGGGUAGCAGGGUGCAAUAUAAACCCGAAGGAAAGCUGGCCACGGGAGUUGCUGAAGACUCAGAUAUUGAGGAAGACGAGGUUUCGGAGGAAGAAUUUGAAGAUUUUGGUCCGUUGGACGAGGAGGGAGGGGCCUCCAGUGGAGAUAACAAGGAGGAGGAUAAUAAUGAUCCCACGAAAGGAUUUGAAAAGGCCUUACUUCGUCCAACGAAGCGUGAGCGCAUUCUGGAGAAGCGUCGGCGUCACAAGGAGCUCUUCGAUCGUCUCUAUGAGGCUGCCCAGCGCGGCUCUGGUACGAGCGCGGACGAACCAGCUACGGCUUUUUACGACAAGAUGGUCGCCAAGACGGAGGCUCAACAGCAGCUGAAUCGCGAGAUCCUUGGCAAAUUGGCUCCCGGUGUUCGUGAAACUGUCGAGGGUGUACCUCCUGGAUCCUAUGUGCGUCUUCAAAUUGUCGGAGUGCCCUACCAGUUCAUGGCGAACUUUGACCCACGACAGCCGCUGGUGGUUGGAGGGCUGGUGAAGGGAGAGGAGACCAAAGCCUUCAUUCAGGCUCGCUUUCAAGCGCAUCGGUGGAUACGACACGUGCUCAAAUCCAAUGAUCCCAUCACCGUGUCCGUUGGCUGGCGACGCUACCAAACGAUCGGGGUUUUCUCUAAGGAGGAGCACAACUUCCGAAAGCGCUACCUUAAAUACGCCCUGGCGCACGAACACUGUCACAUCACUUUUUACGGACCUGUGGUUCCUGCAAAAACUGGAGUCGUCGCCAUUGUCAACUCCACGUGGCGGGAGCAGGCGGAAGCGCUCAACUCACCAAAAUUUAGAAUCGCCGGGACGGGCAGCGUGACGGACUGCAAUGAGUCCUUCCAGAUAAUGAAGAAACUCAAAUUGGUCGGCCACCCAUAUAAAAUCUUCUCCAAAACCGCCUUUAUUCGCGGUAUGUUCAACUCGGAGCUUGAGGUGGCUAAAAUGGUCGGCUCUAAGAUUCAGACCGUCUCUAAAAUUCGAGGUCUAAUAAAGAACGCCCUCAUGGGAACGAGUCACAAACCAGGUGACUUUAGGGCUACAUUUGAAGCGUCAAUUCGAAUGGCAGACAUAGUGUUUGCGCGAACCUUUGUGCCCAUCGAACUGACCCCUUUCUACAAUCCAAUUCCCAACCUCCUUCUGCCCUCUGCUCGAACCGCAGCCUCUUCCGCCAGUGAAACACAGUGGAGGAUGCUUCGCACCAUGAGUGAGUUACGGUGGGAUAUGGGCGCUAAGGUAGAGAUCAAGGAGGACUCCAAAUACAGGGAGGCACAACGUGUGCCCUUCGUGCAUCUACCACUGACUGUGCCCACCAAACUAGUCGCGGCGCUGCCCUUCGCCGAUAAGCCAAAACUGAGUAAGAAACAGCUGCGUACACAACGCUUCAGGAAUGAUGAGGUAAGACGCGCUCGGAACGUCGAUGUACCCGCACCGAUAAUAGCAUCGUCUGAAAUGGAGGGCGUUCCCGAUCCCGUUGGGCACGUCCGCGAUCGCGCGCAGCUCAUUCAACGCCUGCGGCGGUUGCACGCGGCCUAUCAAGAGCGGGAGAAGGGCAAGAUGGUCGCUCGCAUCUCACGUUACAAGGCGAAGUGCGCCACGGAGGCGGAGAUGGCGGAAGCGAGAAGUAAAAAGCGGAAGAAGGAGUUCUUUGCUCGUCAUCGUGGUGGCACCAAGGGGCACUCGGCCGUAAAGACGUAG